AUGCCUCAACUGGAUAAAUUCACUUAUUUCACACAAUUCUUCUGGUCAUGCCUUUUCCUCUUUACUUUCUAUAUUGCCAUAUGCAAUGAUGGAGAUGGACUACUUGGGAUCAGCAGAAUUCUAAAACUGCGGAACCAACUUCUUUCACACCAGGAGAACAACAUCCGGAGCAAGGACCCCAACAGUUUGGAAGAUAUCUUGAGAAAAGGUUUUAGCACCGGUGUAUCCUAUAUGUACUCCAGUUUAUUCGAAGUAUCCCAAUGGUGUAACGCCGUCGACUUAUUGGGAAAAAGGAGGAGGAUCCCUUUGAUCUCUUGUUUCGGAGAAAUAAGUGGCUCACGAGGAAUGGAAAGAAACAUAUUCUAUUUGAUCUCGAAGUCCUCAUAUAGCACUUCUUCCAAUCCUGGAUGGGGGAUCACUUGUAGGAAUGACAUAACGCUAAUCCAUGUUCCACACGGCCAAAGAAGCUUCGGUUUUUAAUCUCAUUAUUACUUGAUAGAACUACAAGGUACAAGGGUCUGAUUCUUCUUCAGAAGAGGAUAUGUAGGUAGUUCGGUGUUUAUAGCCGGAUGCGACCCCCCCACAUCGCGGGCCCCGGGGCACUCCCUCCAUCCAUGGAGAAAACAGCAUCUUUCACUUCAAAGGAGGGAAGGCGUAGAUCCUCGAUCCAAGUCUCGUCUUUUGUUUUGAGUGACGAUGUUCUUUCAGUUUUGGAAGCAAAGAUCAAAUAUUAAGCAGCAGAUACCACUAGAUAAAAUGAAGAUGAAAGAGAUGCUUAAAGAGAAGAAUCCGAUCUUUGAUGCACUGAAUCAUACAUAACACAUACGCAUUUGAAUUUUCAGAAUCAUAGGAAUUAGAAGAAGCUGCCACUAACACAUCUGUAGAAGCAGACAAGGAAGAUGCCGUUGAAAAAGGAAGUUCGAGCUUGAGUGCCCGGAUGGGGUUUCAGUGUAGUAAAGAAAUUCUUUUUUCAAUUUUUGUGGAAUGAAUGAAGGAAGACCAUACCAUUAGAGGAAGGGUGGUUUUGCAUUGAAACGGCGCAACGCCCAUUCCUGACCUGCAAUCUUUUAGGGCAACGCUUGCUGAUAGACACGAGACCAGCACGCGACCAUAAGGAUAUUCUGCUUACAAUAGCAAUACUCAAGAAAAAGACAAUGGGCUGAUAUGGGCUUGACUAAUGAUAUUGGGCUGCUUGAAUGGGCAAUGCUGCGUUGGGUGUAACAAAGCCCCCCCCUCCUGACCUCAGGCGUUGAAAUCGGGGUAGCGGGCCUCUGCGUCAACCCAAGUUGCAUCUUCUGUUGGAAGGCCCACCCACUUGACAAGCAGAAACCUUUCACGGGUCUGUUCUUGCGUUUGAAAAGGCCUCUGUCCAGAAUCUUCUCCGGAGUCCAAAACAUCAGACCGUCCUAAUUUGUUCUUCCGAGAGAGGUUCUGAAAGAAUGAUUCCCCCGCAGGAGUUGACCGGGGAGGGAAGAUAGAUGGGAACUGCUGGGCUGGCUUCCACGUGAUUUAAUGUAAACAUUUAAUCGGCCCUAUGAUGGACCUUUAGAAUAAAAAUAAAUAGGUAAGGGCUUUUUUUUUAAUUAAGCCCAAUCCUCUCGUGGAUCAUACGUCUUACCAUCUUCAGUAACUAAAUCAAUGAAAUUCUUUCGAGUAGUCAUGAAUUAAAGCAAACGAUUCCCUAUACUAGAAUCAGACGGAGUUCUUCUUUUUUUUCUUUUCUGGGUAGGCAUCUUCCUUCUUUAACCCUUUUAGUAUAGCUUGAACUCGUACAAAGCGCUCAAGAUGGUCGAAAAAAGUAGCAGCUUUCACGUAUGGUAAUUUCCGCCGAUCUAAUUUAUUAAACAAGGCAAGGCCCCAAGUACAUGAACUAUUAUAGCUUCCAGUGUAUAUUGACCUAACACAUUUAGAAUACUUAAAGCCUUAUCAGUUAGACCCAUUUUCUUCUGCUUUAGAUAAUCUUUUGCUGUAAUCUUACUUGGAUUAAGUAUCUAACCAUUGCUGGAUAUUUCUCAAAAGCCUUAGUCUCUUUUCCUUAAAACUCCCUUGUAUAACUUUCGAUUUUAAUCUUUAAUUCAUAUAAAUUAAAUCUUUAUCCGUUUUACAAUCAUAAUAACCAUCUUUUAACAUUUUGAAAAAAUUCUUAUUAAGAGCCUGAGUUUUCCAUUUUUUAGAUUUCAUAUGCAUCUCAACUUUUUUUAGGAAUAUAUUCAUGAACUUGUCAUACAUUAAACAUCUUACAGCAUCCUUAUCUUUCAUCUCACUACUCUUUUUACCCACUUCUAUACCGGUCCCCUUCUUUUAUCCCAUCAUGUAGCUGGAAAUAAGCCAGUAAAAGAAAACUAGAAGCAAGUGGGGGUACGUAAACGAGGACGGAUCACAGUGUUUUUGUACUGGUCAGCUUUGAGGUGUCGAGUGAGGGAUUGUUCUAUCUCUUAUGAAAAGGGCCCUGGUGCCUUAUUAUUAGAGAAAGGGGAGUACUAUCUGACGCUUCGCUCGA